UUACGUUUAUCGUAUAACAACACAUCAUUGUUUUUUCUGUUGUAGUCUUAUUUGAAUUAUCAAUUAUAGGCACAUCCAGUCGUAUUGAAUUUUGAAGAUGUUUCGUUUCGCAUAUUUAUGAUUUAUUCUUGCGCUUGCUCAAUUUCGCGCAAUUUUGAGUUUGCACGUAAACUUCAUACUUUAACAAUCUUGGAUCACUGGGAUUCAGUCAACGAAUACGAACAGCGCAUUAUCUGAUAGCUCGGUCUGAUAGAUGUUUAACACGACAAAGAAAAUGUCUGCAAGCAUACUGAUAUGGAUGAAUUUCAUACUCCUGGGAACCUUAAUUUCUGUAGUAUUGGGAUCGAGAAGGUUGAAAUGUAAGCAGAAAAACGAAUGUGUGUAUAAACCGCCCACGAAAACACCCGUCAAGACUGGACUUGGUCGUUAUGAAGUUUUCAAUGCAUUGCUUGACUGUACCUAUCCAGCGGAAUGUGGUUAUCAGUACCUGAAAACGUUUACCAAACAAUUGGAUGAUAUGGAAGGAUGUACCAUGUAUUAUCCUUUAAAAGAGGUUGGCGCUGACCGGCUAUACGUUGUAUUUGGGUGUGAAAGUGUAAUAGCACUUGAAAGAGCAAUGGCCAAAAAGGAUUCGAAAUUCAAAUGCGGUGUCACAGCAAUAAUGGACGACUAUGACUUUGCUAUGCUCACCCUAGGGAUUGAAUUGAAUCAAACUCAGAUAGAUGCUAUCAUGCCACGUGCAACACUCAAGUGCGAAACACUGUUAGCAGUAUUUCGUGAGCUGAAGUAUCCACCUGGAAAGUCGCAAGAGACGAUAAUAGCAGCUUGGACGGAACAUACUCGGAAAUCCAUCAUUCUUAAGACUACAUCAGGGUUUAAUGGAGAGAUCUUUCAUGUAGUGGGGCGUGAAGCGAUGUGGAUCUUCAUUUUAUGGGAUUCGAGUGCGCACAUGGACAAAGCGUUUGUCAACGGAGGAUGGCCCUUACAGACGGAGGUUACGUCGGGUAUCAUCCACACGGUAGUACCCAUGAUACACCUCGACUGCAUAUGUAUGUAGUACUGACUUACCUUUCUUCAACACAAAUGGGAUAUUAAAUCAUGUAACACUACGCCUGUGUAACCGACAACUGUCGAUUCGAGUGCCAUAUUCCAUAUCAAAGACAGUACUAAAUAAACAAAUAAUAAUAUUUUAAAAUGGC